AUGGCUAUUUCGUACCAUUUUCCUGAUAAUAUUCAUGUCACUAGUACCCUCACCAUUAAGCUCAACAAUACCAACUAUCUCCUUUGGAAAACUCAGUUUGAGUCUCUUUUGUCAUGUCAAAAACUCAUUGGGUUCGUGAAUUGUGCUGUCACAGCUCCACCUCGUACCACUUCAACAACAAACAAUGAGGAAGUUCCAAAUCCACAGUAUGAAGCCUGGUUCUGCACAGAUCAACUCAUUCGGUCGUGGCUAUUUGGUACUCUGUCCGAAGAAGUCCUCGGGUAUGUUCACAACAUUACUACCUCUAGAGAUGUUUGGAUUUUUUUAGCUGAGAACUUCAAUAAGAGUAGCAUUGCUAGGAAAUUUACUAUUUGCCGUAGUCUAUGGGUUUUAGAAAAGAAAGACAUGUCUUUUGCUGCUUACUGUCGUGAGUUUAUAGCCAUUUGUGAUGCCUUGAGCUCUAUUGGCAAACCCAUUGAUGAGUCCCUGAAAAUAUCUGGGUUCUUGAAUGGCUUAGGUUGUGAUUAUGAUCCAAUCACGACUGUCAUUCAAAGCUCUCUGAGCAAGCUCUAUCCGCCAAGUUUUGGUGAUGUGGUCUCUAAAGUCGAAAGCUUUGACACCAAGCUUCGAUCAUACAGUGUUCCUGACUCUAUUGGUGGUCGAACUGGACAUAUUGUGACUGACUGCUGGAAUCGGUUUGACCACAACUACCAACGACCUGAUGUAGCUCAAGUGUUCUCCUCUCUGCAAAUCUCCGACGGGAAUGAUUGGGUCACUGACUUUGGAGCUACAGCUCAUGUCACUUCCUCUGCUACAAACCUGCAGUCAGCAACAACAUACAAUGGGAAUGACAUAGUUCAGGUUGGAGACGUGACAUUUCUACCUAUAACUCAUGUUGGCUCUACUACCAUUGCUUCCACUGCAAGUAAACUCUCGUUAAAUGAAGUACUUGUAUGUCCAAUUAUGCAAAAGUCUCUUAUAUUUGUGUCUAAACUGUGUGAUGAUCUACCUUGUGGAGUUUGGUUUGAUUCUAACAAGGUAUGUGUUGUUGAUAUAACAAAUCAGAAGGUGGUAGGAAAGGGUCCUCGAAGUAGUGGGUUAUAUGUGUUGGGGAAUCAAGAAUUUGUAGCUUUGUUCUCUAACCGUCAAUGUAUAGCCUCCGAUGAUACAUGGCAUCAUAGACUUGGACAUUCAAAUUCUCAAAUUCUUCAACAACUUAAGAACAGCAAGGAGAUCGUUUUGAAUAAGAGCAUCAACACCUCCAUUUGUGAGCCUUGCCAGAUGGGGAAGAAUAGUAGGCUUCAGUUUUUUUCUUCGGAUUCUUGA